GCAAGAUAGUGCAUUGACAAGCAGUCUGAAGGCCAUAUGGGACGCACCUUUCAUCUGUCAGCCUGUCUCUGUGCUGUGUUUAGGCUGUUUUAAGGGCUAUUUGUUCACACUCUCCACGGAUUCACUUUCACCAUGGCCGGCUGUUCCAGACGCUGCAGACAGGGCAUGCUAAAACUUAUUCAGUCCCUUCAGAGGCUCGUGUCUGGAACUCUCAGCAAAGAUAAAGUAGAUGAUGAAUUGGAGAUGACGAUGGUCUGUCACCGGCCGGAGGGUCUUGAGCAGCUCGAAGCACAGACGAAUUUCACCAAGCAAGAGCUACAAGUCCUUUAUAGAGGCUUCAAAAAUGAGUGUCCAAGUGGAGUGGUGAAUGAGGAGACCUUUAAACACAUUUACGCACAGUUUUUUCCACAUGGCGAUGCCAGCACGUAUGCACAUUAUCUCUUCAAUGCAUUUGACACCAGAAAUGAUGGAUUAAUAAAGUUUGAGGACUUUGUGAUGGGAUUAUCUACCCUAUUGCGGGGGACGGUCAGAGAUAAACUUGAGUGGACAUUUCAUCUCUAUGACAUUAACAAAGAUGGAUUUAUCAACAAGGAGGAAAUGACGGAGAUAGUUAGAGCCAUUUAUGACAUGAUGGGGAAGUACACUUAUCCGGCUUUAAAAGGAGAUGUACCAAAGCAACACGUGGAUGCUUUCUUUGAGAAAAUGGACAAAAACAAAGAUGGAGUUGUAACAUUAGAGGAGUUCGUCCUUGCCUGUCAGGAAGAUGAAAAUAUGAUGAGAUCCAUGCAGCUCUUUGAAAAUGUGAUGUAAAUAAGAUGAACUAGCAGAAGAAAAGAACGAAACAGAAAGUGGGAAAAGAGAACAAUAGGGAGUUUAUGUUAAUAUAUAUUUGCCAUAUUUCACUGAAGUGAGUUCUUGAGGACUGUGGUGGUCAAUAGCCAUGAAUGGAUGCAUGAGAGUCUGUAGUCUUUCUUUUUCGCUCUCUAUUCAAACCUUGUAAAAUAUGUAUUAUUCUCCCUUGUGAAUGCUGGUGGUUUCAAAAGUUACCAGCCAAAACUCCUCGAUCCAGCUAGCCUUUCAGAUCUUCAAGCUGAUCCCCAAGACUGCAUAUGUUUGAAAGGCAAUGUCUGAUGUGUGACUACUGGGGUGGCCAUGAUCAGGACCCUCCCUCCGUUUGAAAGAGAAUGCCAUUCUCAGGCUUUUUUGUUUUGUUUUGCUUGACACUAGAGCUCAGGACUUUACGUUUGGUGUACUGGAACUGCAUCCAGGAGAUCUACAGCCUCCUUUGCUUGCUUUCUUGCCAAACAAGCUUGCAUGAUAAAAACCAGCAGAUAUUUCUUUAUGAGUUGAAUAUAAAGUUGGCCUUACGAUCUUUAGGUUGACUUUCUUAAUGUGUAUAUACAUUUCAUGGUUUAUUUAUCUAUGACAAGGGUUGUGUGGGAUACUUGUGGGAUGUUGAUUUUGUGGCUUGUGUUGUCAAGAUUUAACAAUGUAGUUUGUGGGUAUUUAAUGUCUCUAGUCCGCCUGCUUAUGUCUGUUUCAAUACCUGCCAAACCAUUUUUGCCCACCAGAACAUAGUGAAUAAGCUGUAAGGUCAAAGGGGGGUGUGUGUGUGCAACUAUGUACUGUAUGUGAAUAUUGGGAGUAUUUAAGAGGCUACAAAAUCACUACUGUAUAUAGACCUAGUAAAUGACAAACCAGACCUGUCUCUACCCCAAUACCUUUCAAUACCUUCAAGAAGGGCACAAAGGAAACGCAAGAAAAAUUACAUAUAAUAUUAAAAUUAUUAUUUAUUUUGAUUACAAGUGUCCAGUUCAAGCAAGAGAAGUAUAAGCUAUGGAAAUACUUGCUAGUAUGGUGCCACAUGAAGAAAUGUCCAAUGAGGCAAAUACAAACUGUGAAAAAUAAAUAUCAGAAAUAUAUCCUGUGCAAUCUCAGUCAAAAUGUAUUAAAAGAUAUUUGUGGAAUAAA